UAAGGCUUGACCGUGCCUGUCAAAACCACACCUAAAUCCUGUUUAGAACCUUGCUCCGACCCGAAUGUCAAAUACGUAUCGGAAGAAUCAUCCAUUCCAAUUCGGAUUCUACCGGAAUCCGCGAAACCCAUCGAGUAGGGCAGCGAUUUGGUCGUCGUCUUCUUUUGCUCAACUAACAUCUUCUUCUGUCUGUUGAGUUGCUUCAUCUUCGUAUGAUCAAAUUCAGUCGCUACCCCAAGGAGAGUAGCAAUGGCGAAAGGAAGGCUACCAUUCCUUCCCAAGCUCACAACAACACUUUCUUCUCCCUCUUCAAUCUCGAAUCCUAAGUUCUUCUCUUCAAACUCCCAAAACAAUGGUAUUGCAGUCACCAAUGAUCCACAUGAACAACUCAGAAAUCUUCACACACUUCUGCAGCAAGGCCAAACCCAAACAGCCAAAAAUCUUAUCAAAUCCCUAAUUACUUCCAAGUCCAUCUUCACUUCACCUUCUGAUAUCUACACUCAGUAUAUGGAAAAACCCAAAGUUUUUUCAAGCUUGAUUUUAUCGGUUUGUGCAGAAGCAAACUUCCCAAAUGAAGCCAUGGACUUGUACACGUUAAUCAGGAAAGAUGGUGUUUUCCCUUCCAUUGCUUCAUUUAACUUACUCCUGGAGUGUUUGGUUUCAUCUGGUCAGUACAGUAAAGUGUUGGAAUUGUUUGAUCAUGUUAUUAGUUCGGGUAUCAGGGUGGAUAAGUUUACCUUCGGGAAAGCUGUGCAAUCAGCAGUGAAGAUGGGAGACCUGCGACGGGGUAUGGAUUUGAUGGAUUGCAUGAAGAAUACCGGCAGAAUGAAUGUGAGUACGUUUGUGUAUAAUGUUUUGAUCGGUGGGCUGUGUAAACAGAAGCGAUUGAUGGAUGCACGAAAGCUGUUUGAUGAAAUGCUUGAGAGAGAUGUAGUUCCUGAUAGGGUUACAUAUAACACAAUGAUCGAUGGAUAUUGCAAAGUGGGGAAUUUAGACGAAGCAUAUAGGGUUCGUGAAAAGAUGAAGGCUUGUAAUGUGGGGCCAAAUCUUGUUACAUUUAAUACACUACUCAGUGGUCUCUGUAAAGGGAAGAAGAUGGAUGAGGCAAAAAAGGUCUUUGAAGACAUGAAAAUCCAUGGCUUUGUUCCCGAUGGGUUCACUUACAGCUUAAUGUUUGAUGGGUUUUCAAGAUCUGGUGAUAUAGAUGCUUGCAUUUCAUUACACGAACAGAUAGACAAAAAUGGCAUUCAUAUAAAUGAAUACACUUGCAGUGUUUUGUUAAAUGUGUUAUGCAAGGGAGGGAAAACCAACAAAGCUGAGGAGAUUUUGGUAAAUUUAAUGGAGAAUGGACUUGUUCCAACACAGGUAAUCUUCAAUACAAUCAUUGAUGGUCAUUGCAGGGAAGGUAACACAGAAAUUGCCCUUUUGUCAAUUGAAAAAAUGAAAUCCAAUGGCUUAACACCAAACUCCUUCACCUUCAAUCCAAUAAUCAACAAGUAUUGUCAAUCUGGUAAUCUUUUAAAAGCAGAAGAAUUGAUAAAAAAGAUGCCAGAAAUGGGUUCUUCACCAGAUGUUGUAACCUACAACAUACUAAUCGAUGGGUUUGGACGAAACUUAAAGUUUGAUAAAUGUUUCAAGAUUCUUGAAGAAAUGGAAACUAAUGGCUUAAAACCAAAUGCUGUAACUUAUGGAUCUCUAAUGAACCAAUUGUGUAAAGAUGGAAGACUUAUGGAAGCUGAAGUGGUGUUCAAAGAUAUGAUAGGUAGAGGUAUUUUCCCAAACACAAAUACAUAUAACAUGCUUAUUAAUGGGUAUUGUAAUACAGGAAAGAUAGAAGAUGCUUUCAAGAUUUUUGAUGAAAUGUGUAGAAAUAAAGUGGUUCCAUCUUUGGUUACUUACAAUACACUCAUAAAUGGGCUAUGCAAAAAGGGUAGGGUUGAGGAAGCCGAAGAAUUUGCUUCAAGAAUCACAAAUGGAUAUCUAAAAUGUGAUGUUAUUACAUAUAAUUGUUUAAUAUCUGGUUAUUCAAUAAAGGGUGACACCCAAAAGUGUUUAGAGUUACAUGAAAAGAUGAAAUCAUGUGGAAUUAAACCUACUAUAAACACAUAUCAUCCAUUAAUUACUGGAUGCAAGAAUGAGUUAAUACUUGUGGAGAAACUCAUGAAAGAAAUGUCAGAUAUGAAGUUGGAUCUUGAUCGGGUGAUAUAUAAUGAACUCAUUCGUUGCUAUUUUGAUCAUGGUUUUGUGGAAAAGACAAUUGAAUUGUUUCAUGAGAUGAUUAAUAAGGGAAUUGUUCCUGAUAAAAUGGCUUACAAUUGCUUGAUUAUUGUGUACUUAAAGGAGGGAAAGAUUGAUGAGUCGAAGGAUCUUGUUGAUGAAAUGAAGGGGAAUGGAUUAGUUCCUAAAGCUGAUACUUAUGAUGUUAUGAUUAAGGGUCUUUGUGAUAUUAAGAAGUUUGGUGAAGGGUAUUUUUGGUAUAGGGAAAUGGUUGGAAAUGGGUUCUUGCCAAGUGUAAGUGUUGCUAAUGAGCUUGUUACUGGUCUUAAAGAAGAAGGGAGGUUUAAUGAAGUUGAAGUGAUAUGCUCAGAAAUCAGUAUUAAAGGAUAUGAUUAUUCUGAUGCAAAUAAGGAUCUUUCUGCUGCUUUAAAAUGAUUGAACAUGGAAUCAAAUCUUGAAUUCCAAUUCGGUUUAAUUUCUUUAACAUCACCAUUAUGCAACAUAGGUCCAAUCAUUUAAAUAAUUCACCCAUCAUACCAAUGAGAUUUGAAUUAUAUUGAAAACAUUUUUAUGUAUUUUGCUUAAUAAAUAAGUUGUAUUCAAUUUGUUUUUGGAA